UGCGCGAGGAGGUGGGGGAAGGGGGCGGGGCUACCUCAGGUCCCGCCCGUGGCGCGGCCUGUGGGCUGCGAGGAGGAGCCUUGCCUAACUUGCAGGCAGCGCAGGGCAGACGGCGGCAGGAGAAGCGGUCGUGGGCAGGAUGAAUGCAGGCUCAGAUCCCGUGGUCAUCGUCUCGGCGGCGCGGACCAUCAUAGGUACCUUCAAUGGUGCCUUAGCUACUGUUCCUGUCCAGGACCUGGGCUCCACUGUCAUCAAAGAAGUCUUGAAGAGGGCCACUGUGGUUCCAGAAGAUGUGUCUGAGGUCAUCUUUGGACAUGUUUUGGCAGCAGGCUGUGGGCAGAAUCCUGUUAGACAAGCCAGUGUGGGUGCAGGAAUUCCCUACUCUGUGCCAGCGUGGAGCUGCCAGAUGAUCUGUGGGUCCGGCCUGAAAGCUGUGUGCCUUGCAGCCCAGUCAAUUGGGAUAGGAGACUCCAGCAUCGUGGUGGCCGGAGGCAUGGAAAACAUGAGCAAGGCUCCUCACUUGGCUCACUUGAGAACAGGAGUAAAGAUAGGUGAGAUGCUGCUGACUGACAGUAUACUCUGUGAUGGUCUUACAGAUGCAUUUCACAACUAUCAUAUGGGUAUUACAGCUGAAAAUGUAGCCAAAAAAUGGCAAGUGAGUAGAGAAGAUCAGGACAAGGUUGCAGUUCUGUCCCAGAAUAGGACAGAGAAUGCACAGAAAGCUGGCCAUUUUGACAAAGAGAUUGUACCAGUUUUGGUGUCAUCUGGAAAAGGUCUUAUUGAAGUUAAAACAGAUGAGUUUCCUCGCCAUGGGAGCAACAUAGAAGCCAUGUCCAAGCUAAAGCCUUACUUUCUUACCGAUGGAACGGGAACCGUCACCCCAGCCAAUGCUUCAGGAAUGAAUGAUGGUGCUGCAGCUGUGGUUCUUAUGAAGAAGUCAGAAGCUGAUAAACGUGGGCUUACACCUUUAGCACAGAUAGUUUCCUGGUCCCAAGUGGGUGUGGAGCCUUCCAUUAUGGGAAUAGGACCAAUUCCAGCCAUAAAGCAAGCUGUUACAAAAGCAGGUUGGUCACUGGAGGAUGUUGAUGUAUUUGAAAUCAAUGAAGCCUUUGCAGCCCUCUCUGUUGCAAUAGUUAAAGAACUUGGAUUAAACCCAGAGAAGGUCAACAUUGAAGGAGGGGCUAUAGCCUUGGGCCACCCUCUUGGAGCAUCUGGCUGUCGAAUUCUUGUGACCCUGUUACAUACACUGGAGAGAACAGGCGGAAGUCGUGGUGUUGCGGCCCUGUGCAUUGGGGGUGGGAUGGGAAUAGCAAUGUGUGUUCAGAGAGGAUGAAUUGCUUCAACUUUGAACAACCUCAAUUUCUUUUUAAACUAAGAAAGUACUAGGUUGUUAUAUGUGAAAUCAAGGACCAAAACACAGAUGGAAACCAUUUCCUACAUCACAAAAAGCCAAAUUUACAGCUUCUUGUACUUUAAUGUUUAACUCAAGGUACAAGACACUUGCAUUUAACAUUGUUAUAAAUAAAGAGACAUCAGAUCAAUCAUUAA